UUCUUUUCUCUAGCAAACAGAGUUUUUUAUUUAUAUGCGUCAUAGUGAAAGCGUUAACGCACUCUAUAGGCAAAUAUAUUCGUAACCUAUGAAAUUCCAACUUUUACUGGUAGAAGCAUACAUUUUCGUAUCUAAUUUAGCUAAAAGUAUGCAGGAAAUAAGAAUAUUCCUUUUAAUCGUGGGAAUUUCAAAUCUCGCGGUGAAAACAACGCCAGCCAGUGGCGUUAUGGCAGACGACGAGAGCAGUUCGACGUCCGACGAGAGUCUGGACGUGAAAAGUGUGAAAUUUGAUCCGAUAAAAGCUCUCUACUCUUCAAAGAUACAACUUUCAUCCUCGAAAGCACCCAUUUACGACAAUGUAUGCAAGUUUGAAUCGGUGCUGUUGGGUUUGGCCGCAAAAACGAAAAAGAAAAAUAUAACGGACACCGUUGCGCAAGGGGAAUCCUCUAAACGGCGAUUUUUACCUGAACAAGAACCCGUGGCUGGGAAGAAGGCAGGAAGAGGAGGAGGGCGAAUCACCGAAGGGAAAAAUGUUCUCGCGAAAAUGCAACAGGCUUUUGGCCCGCUUGGAAUACUUCAUGGAUACAUGGAAAAUCGUGUUCGAGUUAAGGUCUACACGAGGAACGCGCGCGGCAUAAGAGGACACGUGGAGGCAUACGUGGCUGCCUUCGACAAGCACUGGAACCUCGCACUCGAGGACUGUUUCGAGGUUUGGACCCGUAAAGUCAAGAGGAAAGCGCCAGCUCUAGGUGGUGUGGGCAACGCGAUCCCGAAACAAGAGGACAACGAUGCCGCGCCCAAAGUGGUCGUGAAGAAGAUCGAGGGAAAGAAGGAGACCUUGGAGAGACACGUGCCGCAAAUGCUGCUGAGGGGAGAACAGGUCGCUAUAAUCGUCAAAAUCAAUUGAGUCAGUGAAUACGUCCUGGCACACUGGGAACGGACACUCGUGACGUCACUCGAUGCCUUCUCGACGCAUCAAAACGUACAAGCUACGAUUUACAAUCUUCAUUGUACAAAUUAUUUAUUUUUUCUUUUCUAACCGUGUGUUAUUCUGUUUCCACGUACGAUACCUGUGGCGAUUUCGAAUAAACGUUUACAAAUGUU